AUGCAGGCCAAGUCGCGGAGCGCCUGGGGCGAGGCGUCGGCGCGAGCAAUGCUCUCAAAGGACUGCGGAUGCGGUUGUGCAAACUCGAGAGCCUCGCACGAGACAUUGGGCGGCGUGAUGCCGGCAAUGGCACCGAUGCGAGUCGACUUUUGUGUUGUCGUCGUUUCGUAA